CACUAGCCAGCUUCGCUCACUGGCUUUUUCUCGAGAUGCGUCACUGCAGAGUUGUAAGCUAGAAAUGGAUUCACUAUUAGAAUCUUUUAAGUGUUCAUUUUGCUCGAAGCGGUUUUCCACCGAAAAUGGAAGUGACAGUCAUCAAAGAGCCGUACAUAGUGUUAAGUAUUCGCAAUUGAAACCUUUUGCGUGUCCGGCUUGCCCGAAGCGGUUCGCCACAGAAAAUGACCUAAAGCAUCAUGUGGAAAACGCAGGCAAGAGGCAUAAGAAAAUGACAGGUAAUACUGAACCAUCAAUUGUAAAACUUUUACUUAUACUUUUAAUGCGUACCAAUACGAGUGUUACACCCAAGUCCUUAUAGUAUGGUACGAAGCGAAACUUCAGUAAGCCUUCAGACGAUAGCCGGAAGUGGACCUUUUGCAAUCUUGAGCAAUGGUUUUGCCCGAAUCCUUUGAAAAUCUAAAAUGUUUCAAGGCACAGGAGAAAUGAAAGGUCCUCGAUACUUUCGGUUAGCGUCCGUCGCUGAUCUACCUUGGUACCUUGGUGUUUUUCUCUUGAUCUGUUAAAAACCUCAAGUCCCACUGGAUUAAAAAAUGAAACUGAAAGCAAUUAAGCGUUUUCACAUGACAUCACGGCGGCCAUAUUGGUGUUCCAAAACAAUAAAACGGUGGCCAUGUUGGUGUGCCAAGAGUACCAAGAAUUCUUUUCUUAAGCAAACGCUUUCUUUUGUUGCAAUAAAUUUGCAUAGAUGCUGGCCACGUGAGUGAAAACGCUCUAUAUUUAAAUUACUUUCACGGAAUGACGUAAUUGUUUAGUUGCCAGUUAGGUCAGGUGAGAAAGCGGAGGGUUGGUCGAUUAUUCAAGGUUAUUCCCUUGAAAAUGAUCUACUAUGCAGAUUUUCAAACUUGGCAAAAAUGUCAGCCAUAUAUAGGACAUUAGCAAAAUGUAAUAAAAACAUGGGAUCAACGUACUUGUUUUCGCCCUGCGUGCCCAUAAUUCUGAGGUUUUUUUCCUAGUUGCGCACGAAGUGUUCGAAUUUAAACAACCGUCAAAAAUUCUUAUUUUAUAGCAAAAAGUAUGAAUCUAACUAAAACCUUAAUCCCAUUUGUUCGUCUCAGCUAUAUUUUCAGUUAAGACACCUCAAAUUACCGGAUUUUGCAAAAAAUAUAGAGAAAUGGACAGAUUUAACAUGAUACUUCUCUGUGGCUCUAAAUGCGGAAAGUCGUGUCAUUCAUACCUAACAAAAAUAAAACUUCCACACUAUCCAGAUUUUUUCGCCUAAAUAUGUAUUUUUGUGUAGCCAUAACGAGUAAAAAGCACAUAUAAAAACGGGGGGGUCACCGUUCUCGUUUCAUCACAAAACGACAACAAAGGGUUGUUUCUGGCUUUAAAUGAUCAUUUUGCGAGAGAGGACUGGGGCGAGGACUGGAGCAUAACUUUCUAGCGGAGCUCUCGCGCCCAGCGGAGCACCAUGGGUAAGAAAAUUUGGUAAUCUAUGCAUCCAGGAAAUUUUGGUUGCAUUCCUUUUAGGCAAACAUCUUUCGGAUUUAGACAAUCCAGAUUGUUUGGAUUUUCGUGCUAGCGGGAACAAAAAUCUGAAAUAAGAUUGAUCCAUACAGAAGUUGCCUGCUGCUCUGAUCUUCUUCUCAAUUUCAACACAUCGUUUUAUAUUUCUCUCCGCUAAAUUUAAUAAGCGUCUUCUCGACGAGAAAUGGAAAGGAAAGUAGCUCUUUAACUAAUACUGAGACUCGUCAACUUAAAAUUAUCUGGAAUUUGAUUCAAGAAAAUUCAGAAGACAAUUACGAAUUCUCAAGUGCUGAGAAGCGUGCUCUAAACACACACAGACACACAUUGGACACUAGUUUUACGGUGAGAAAAUCCAAGCGUUUUCGCCUCGUUACGGAUUUAUAAUUACAGUGGAACUUGAGUUUAAUAUACUACAAUCCUUUAGCGGCUUUUGCAACGAAGGAGAGUAAGUGACUUUUGCCCGAACUAACCUUGACCUGCCGUGUUUAUCGAUGAACGAGCACGUUAUUGCGAUCGAAAAGCAGUUUCGUUAAAUGGAACAAAAAUCUGAAACGGUCCAGGGUUCUCAUUAAGUGCCGGCAACCGGCUGAAAAACCGGCUACUUUGAGGUCUAAGCUGUCGACUUUUGUGGGAAAAUGGGUAAAGUGAGGGAGUGAGAGCCUCAAAUUGCCUACAACACUUUUGAUUACCAAUCCGCCUACUUUUACAUUCUCGCUGUCUACUUUAAAACUUAAUGAGAAUCCUUCAAACCAGAUUGAGAGACCAAUCUGAACCAUCCAAGUGCGGAUCGGAGGUGGAUAGUUCAGACUGCAAUCUUAGAUUGGUUUAGUCCAUAGUGGAAUGAAUUAAAAAUCAAAUUUCAGAUUUCAAAAUCCAGAUUUAGAUUGGUCAAAAGGAAAGCAACCUUUGGUUCUGAGAAAAUCGUCCGUACGAACGUCCCUCCCAGCCUUUUAGAGAUAAAAAGUGUGCUGCACGUGCAAAGUUUUUGUUUUUUGCCAAUUAGAUAUACUGAUGUUUUUCGGCUGUUCUCGUUGCCGUCGCCGUUUAGCAUUACACGAUUUUAUAUUUCGUUUGAGUAAACUAUAAAUAUUAACGAGAGCUUUGCUUUUAGCCCUGGCUAAAUCUAUAUAUUAGGGUUUCUGCAUUUGGCACUGAAGUUUUUGUUAAAUUUGGACGUCCAAUCCUGUCAUGGAGCUCUCGUCAUGGUCUGCUUGCUAGCCAUGGUCUACCUGUAUGCUAUUAAAAGUUCUUGUCAAGCUGAUGUUGGGCAAUUCAUAGUGAAUUUAAGUAACUUAAUAUUUUUUCGCGUUUCAGGUGACAUAUAUUGUUUAUAUCCAUUUUGUAAACGUAAAUUUCAAUCUCAGUACAAGUUUACCCGCCUCGCCGUAAAGCAACAUUGGGAAAACCCAGGCAAUUGGCAUAAGAUAAAAGGUAAUACUAGCAAUUAUAAGAGUUCUACAUAAACGUUUAUUUAUACUUUAGUCCUAAUGAUACGGUAUGGUGGGUCAAUGAGUCAUUUAAAAGAAAAAGAAUCACUGAAUGCUUACUGUUAUCGAGUCAGUGUUUAACCCUGCCUAAAAACUAAAGACACUCUGUAUGGGUAUUUGUAUCAAAUUACAGAAAUUUCUUAUGUAGUAGUAUAAGUAAUGGUAGCAGGACUGAGCGGAGUCCAGUUCGGUCUGUAAUCAUACUCGUCAUUAGCACGCGGUCGUCCGAUUUGUUUAAUCACGAGUAUGAUUGGCCGAAUUUAUACUAGAGACGAAUUAUCCGUCUUGACGGAUUAUCCGUCUCAGACGGAUAACCCGUGCUCUAGUAUAAAUUCGGUGCCAAGAGGAAUUAUGGAGCAAACUUCGUAUGAGGCUGAUUCGUCUGACGGAUAAUUUGUCUAGACGGAUAACUCGUCCUAGUAUAAAUUCGGUCAUUACAGAUCGAAUUGAACGACAUGAAGUUCUGUUACCAAUUAAUCAUGACUUCAACAAAAUUUGUGAUAUAUUAGGCUCUUUUUUUGAAUCAAAACACAAGAAAUUCCGAGAUUUUUUUUGUUAGCACGUACUGUCCAAUUACUUAGGCAUGACGCGUACUGUCCUAUUUAACUGUCCUAUUAAGGCUGAAAUCAGGGCUGUUGAUAGCCAAUCAGAUUUAAGAAUUUUGUAAUAGUUAUAAUUAAUGACGAAAUCGCCGACUUGAUGGAAAGCGCGCGACGAAACCGACGUCCGCACGUAGCCAGAGAGGCUCAUUAUAGUCAGUGCUUACCCAGUCACUGUAGUCAGUGCUUAAACCUGAUCACUAUUUUCAGCAUUCAACGCUGAUCUGACUCAUAACUUGACUCAUAACUUAUAGACUCAUUUGACUCAUAAAACAAGCUUCCUCACGGCACAAAGGGAAACCGAAAGCUACUUUUUGAGCGAAGGACGCCAACCGGAAGUGGACCUUUUGUUAUCAAGUUUUUAUGGACCUUACGGCGCACAACGUUCAAUAGCAUUCCUAUUAUUUUGAUCUUAUUGACCAAUAAAAAUGUCCGAUUAAUUUAUUCAGUCACUAUUUGUGAACAGUAAAUUCAAAGGAUUGUGUACCGGGAGCUUCCAACAUAAACUGCAGCACCGCUGUCUUACUUUUGAAGGUUGCCGGCUUUCAGAACAAGUCUCCCGUUCCAUCUAUGGGCAAAGUUGUAUACAAUUAGCGAUACAUGUCACACAAGUGAUGUAGCGUAGAUACAUACCUAAAAGGAAAAGGCCUCACUUCGGGUUAGCGUCCGUCGUUCAAAAACGCCUUACCCUAGUGUUAGCACGAAAAUAGCUCUUCACGCUCUCUUUUGGCCCCGCCGCUACCUUGGGUACCAGAGGUUUUUCUCGCGUGCGGCGGGAAUUUUCGGUGUUGGCCGAAGGCCAGAGCGCCUCAGAGAGCUUGCUCAUAGACUAAUACAAAAUAAGAAAAGUCGCAUAUUUUGAGUAUUUUUCUUUCUGUUUGCGUUCUUAGCAAGAUACUAGCUUGGUACUUCUUGAACUUGUAAAAUGCCUUUUAUCAGUUGAAAUCUUAAAUCCUACUGGAUGAAUAAGAAUUUAAACCUGAAAGCAAUAGUAAGUGAGUGUAGAAAAGCAGCUGCUAGCAGGGAAAUUAGAGUGAAGCAUCAUUUUACUGCUUUGUAACACACCUCAGUCGCUCGUCAGGCGGUGUGCGUCACAACCCACAAAGGUUCAUGGGUAAAACUGUUACUAUGCCUCAUUUCAAUCGUGACACGGUCGAGUUCGCAUCUCGUAUAAAGAGAGAUGAAUCAAACCCAGGGAUCAAAGCACUGCUUCCAUUACGGAAGAGAGCGAUUUGGAGAAUUUUCAAGAUCUCAUAGUGGCCUUAGAUGCCUGCUAUUGGCUUCACAAGACAAUUUCAAGAAGUUCGCUAGUGUUUCCGCCCACUCCACGGGGCCGGAAAUUUUUCUCACAAAAUUUAAAAUAAAUAACUAGAUCAUUUUACAUCUUGAGAUGUUGUGCAAACGAACCCAGAAAAUUUACGAUUAAUUAGGCAAUCCAGUUGCCUCCAAGAACUACACUUCGUAACAUUGACUUAAAUUUUUUUUUUAGGACUCCUUGAUCGAGCUUUAACCAGCGUCGAAGUGAAUAUAUUCAUACGUGAUUAUCUGCAGCCAGAUAAAGAAUUUCAUAAUCUGUAUAAUAAUGCUAUUGAUUCCUUGUACAAAGAACUACAAAGACUCUUGCGGGAUACAUUCUAUGGAAUUCAUAACUUGAUCGAGGUUAGUUGCGCGACAACCUUCCCCCCGCCCCUCAACGGUCCCCAACCACUCGAAAGAAAACGCAGAGGUAAAAGAAUCGGUUUAGAUGCCGUUAACUUCCAACAAAAUCCCUAGAACAUACUGGAUGUGUUUAAAAAGUAGCACCCCAAAAUCAGCUAGCAGUUGAAAUGUUUGCUUUAGUCUUAUUUUUAAUAUGCGCAAUGAGUAGAUUUACGAUUUACGAUAAGCGUAUUAGCCUCCCACGCAGGCGUUUUUAGGGGAGCUCGUAUUUCGUCCCUCCCCACAAACGCCUGCUCAACUGAAAACAAUACUCCUUUCCCAAGCUUAGCCAAUCACACUGUAUUUUCCAAAUUCUGGAAAGUUGACCUUGACCGGAUGAAACACAAGGAAAGCUUUAUGACCUCUAAUAAAUGUUAGACUCAGAGCGGCAAAACUGAAAGUAAGAUUUAGUCAGUUUUUAGAAUACUCCGUUCACUGCACAACCUUAGCGAAGGAAAGAAAAGAAGGAAAAAGGUAACUCUGAGGUCACGUUUUUACAUUACCACAAGGUUAUGAGUCGUGUUUAGCCUGUCAACACUUUCACAACUGUUGAUUGGUCACUUACCACAAUGGGAAGGGAAUGUUGUUCUCGGUUGAGCAGGCGUUUGUGGGGAGGGACGAAAAACGAGCUCCCCUAAAAACGCCUGCGUGGGAGGCUAAUAAGGAAUUUGAGGACGCCAGUGUCCAGGGUGCUCUUAUAGCAGGUGUCCCUUACCCUCUCUCCCCAAUCCCCCUCCUUUUUUCCCUUCCUCCCUAUCCCCUACCCAUUUCGACUCCCGCUACGCACGCUACUUAAUUGCAAAAUAGUUCUGGUGAGACAUCCUGCAAUGGGUCGGAUCCAGGGAAUGACCGUCGAAAAGAUGGUGAUGAUAUUUCUUGCAUUUAAAUAAAGAAUACGUGUAAUAUAUGCGUUUAAACAGGUUUGAUCGAAAGCAGAUGACUGGAAAGUGUUGGAAAAUAUACGUAGUUUGAGUUGAUUACAAAUAAAUAGAAAUGAGAUUAAGGUCAUUAAGUAACCUCCCAGGCGAUAGACUGAUACUUUUGGUCCCCUCAGUGUCGAUCUUGACGAGUAGGACAGUAUCAAGAGUCGAGAUGUUGCGAAAAUAUGUAGAACGAAAGUGACUGAAAAAAUUCCGGCUAUGAAUAGAUUCUGCAUACCUACCUUGUCUUUGUAGGGUGGAUCCAUUGCAAAAGGCACUGCACUAAAAAAACACUCCGACUUGGAUUGCGUGAUGGUCAUGAAGAGUAUUAAAGACGCUGACCAGUUGAGUGGGAAACUACCCGUCAUCUUGACUGACCUAGAGUCACGCUUGAAGAUGAAAUGGAAAGGGGACCCAUGGAAAUUGAAAUCCAUAAAGAAAUCUACAUACUUGGUACAGUUUAAAAUGUCACGUUAUUCUGAAGAAGUUAAGGUCGACCUCUUGCCAAGAUUUGAAGCAAACGUAGAAAGCACCGAUGCUGGUACGUACCUUUAUAAAAUAGCUAAGAUAGUACGCGCGCUCUGAUUGGCCGAGAGGCGUGUUUGCGUGAGAGUAUGUAAACAUGAUUGUGACGUCAAGAUGUUUUGCUUUUCGCGCGCUAAUCACGUAAGUACGAAUUUGAAAAAGUUUUUGAGUUCAAAACUCGACAAGGUUACUUUAUUCACCCAUUCCUUCGUCGGCUGAAACAGAAACUUGAACAAUCUUUACAAACAAGCUGUGUCAAAUUUUUUUUCGCUAAAGCUGUCAUUUUAAGCGAGAAAAAUCCGUAUUUCAGAAAGCAUCUUUUUGCAAAACAAGAACUGGUUACGCGUGCAAGACUUCGGGUACAAGACUUUGGGACUGGUAAGAAUUUCUGUUUUAAUCAGUGCCAUAACAAAGAGUUAAUCAGUUUUUUUUCUCGGCAAAGUUAUUUUAUAAAAGCAAUAGCAAACUUUUUUACUGUGUUUGCAUAUCCUGAUAUAAACACUCGAGGGGUUGGGAGUUAUGCAAACCCUCGACUUCAUCUCGGGUUUGCAUAACUGUCUCGAAUUCUCCCAACCCCUUUCAUGUUUAUAUCAGGCUAUGCAAACACGGAAAACAUUUUCUAUUGCUUAAAUAAUCACAAGAAUUGCAGGCUAGUUGAGUUGCUCAUAAUUAAGUUUGUCAGUACAUGGCUUCCUUCCCAAGCCAUUGAUAACUCAAAAAAACCUCUUUCCCAGGGCUUCUCCCAUUUUAAGAAAAAUUCCCCAGUUCCCCACUCCAGAAAUAUAUAUAAGGGGAAUGAGCUUAAGUUUUCGGCGCAACGAUUUCUGGGAUCGCUUGAGAGGACAAGCGUUAGUUAUGAUUGGCCGAUUUUAUUCAAGGCAACCAUUAACCAAUCAGAAGACACGAUUUUCCAUCCAAACGAUCCCAGAAAUCGUUGUUUAAAGUUUGAACUCAUUCUCCUUAUAGUGUUUGGAGAUGGGGAAUUUCUAGUCAUACAAAAAUAAAAAAUAAACCUUGACCUUGGCACGGGGGCCCGUAUCUCGAAAAUCCCGAUAAUUAAUUAACGAACCCAGAAAGCUGUUAUUCUUUACACUAAAAUCGAGGGCUCAGUAUGAUAAAACAAUCAGUUAACAAAACAAAAUAGACUGUUUUGUUAGCUAGCACCCGCGCUCUUUUUCUUUAGAUUUUGAUUUGAAUAUUUGGUUUCGGUCCCAUAAAGUUACCGCGACUUCCGAGAAGCGGACCCCAGGACUUUUCAGCGCGCAGGAAAAUGGUGGGGACAAGGUUAAAGUCAACACUCUUAACCCAACGUAUCUUAAUAGAUUUUAAUAUAGUCACUGAAACUUGCUUAGCUAUUUUGGCCAGCUAGAGUUUUUUUUCUUGUUUCUUUCUCUAUUUUGGUUCAUUUUUAUUGUUUCUUGUUGCUGGACUUGUUUUCUCCAGCUACACCAGUCCUCAAUAAGCAAUUUCUCCAUUAAAGUUAUCGGCGUAGCUUCAAUGAUUUCAACAGUGAUUUUUAGAUUGUUGGUUAACUGCUUAUUAGUGAAGCUACACAUGUGCGCAAUCCGUGAGAAGCGAGUUAUGUAAAUCUUUUAUGAUGUUGAAUCUGAGGAGAAAUUUAAUGUUCUCUUAGAAAAAGCAGAGUUCUACAGGCAAAUGAUGCACGAUAAAGAAAACUGGGAAUACUAUUCGGCUGCUCUUGUGAAGUUACAAGUAAAGUUCGUCGACAAACGGCCUUCAAACGUAAAAGACCUGAUUCGCUUAGUGAAGUAUUGGCGCAAGACGUACAUUCCACAGAUUGAUCACGAGCGACUCCCGCCCUCGUACUUACUGGAGCUUCUCACAAUACAUGCCUGGGAAAAAGCAAAAUGUCCCAAGAAGUUUAACAUAAAGAUUGGUUUUAAAGCUGUUAUGGAGCUUCUAGAGAAUCACAGCAACCUUCGUGUUUCUUGGGAUGAUAACUACUCGAAGAGUAUAUUCAUUAAGUACAGGUACUUCCAUGGGGUGUUUAGAAUCAGUUUACCAGAGAAGUUUAAAGAGGUGCUUUCACGUGUUCCAGUUGCUUUCUCGAGGACACAGUCCCCCUGGGAUGUUUGUAAAUCGGUAACUUUCCCCUUUUCCUCCUUCUGAGGCCCUGAGUCCCUUAUCCUUUUUGUAUGAACUUUUCACUUAAUUUCAUAAAGCUAGGAAUAGCUCUCUAGGUGAGAAAUUCAUAAAACGUCUUGGUAAUUGUAAAAUUACACAAUCGUCCAAAUUUUCUAUCAUAUAACUGAUCUAUUUAUUGCGUAUUUUAUUUUUUCUCCUUUUUAGUGAUAUUUUGCACUUUAGUCUUAAGGAUCCACAUGUUAUUGACCCAGCAAACCCAACCAACAACCUGUACGACGCUGUUGACUGCUGGGAUAAGGUGGAAAAGGUUGCAAAAGAAACCAUGCAGACACCCCUUCUCAGUGACGUAGUACGGGUUACUGAUAACUGGAGUUAAAGAACUACGAUUUUUUUAGGUUAGGGCUAGGCACCGUUGGUGACUUCUCUUCCGAGCAGCUGCUAAAUGACCCUUCUUAAUUUAUAAAGGAGUAAUAUAAAUUUGCGAAAGUUCUCUUUCCUGAACUAGUCAGGCGCCAUAAGAUCGACAGGUUCUGAGAGCGGAGGGUCAUUUUCGAGAUUAUUAUCGAUUCAUCGAUCAGCGGAAAAGCACAUGGCAGAGUCUGUAAUCUCAAUCGAGGGGC